GCUGGGUGGGAGAGAGCAAGUUUCCUUUGGGGUGUGCAGACAGAGCCGGCUGCCACGGGCUGCCCUUGAACGUGGUCAUCUGAUGACCUCUGCUGGUGGAAGUUCCCCCGCGUGUGCACAGAUGCCCAGAGCCAAGCCCAGACCAUGUUCCUGUCCCCACAUCCCUUCCCUCCUGGCUUGUCCUUCACAGACAGCAGGGAGCAGGAGGCCUUUGCAAACCCCCGGAAUCAGGGGUGCCUGGGCCAGGCCAGACUGUGCCCCUAAAAGCGUGCUGCCGCCCUCUCUUCCAGUGAGCCUCUGAUCCCCGCGGACCCAGCAGGCAGCCAGCAUGAUGGAGAGCGCGCGAUCCACGGGUGUGUGUGUGCUGCUGCUCUUCCUCCACGUCCACCUGCUGAGCGGACAGUCACCUCCUGAGAAGCCGAAGAUAUCGAAAUGUCGCUCCAAGGAGAAGGAGACCUUCAUGUGCUGGUGGAAGCCGGGGCUGGACGGAGGCCUGCCCACCAACUACACGCUCUCCUACCACAAGGAAGGGAGUUCAUUCCUCUAUGAAUGUCCGGACUACAGAACCGGUGGCCCCAACUCCUGCUACUUCGACAAGAAGCACACCUCCAUUUGGACCAUCUACAUCAUCACAGUCAAUGCCACGAACGAGAUGGGAAUGAGUUCCUCAGAUCCGUUUUUCGUGGAUGUGACCUACAUAGUUGAACCAGACCCUCCAAUGAACCUGACUUUGGAAUUAAAACAUCCAGAGGACCAGAAACCAUUCCUGUGGGUAAAAUGGCGUCCACCCACCCAGGUUGACAUAAGAUCUGGUUGGCUCACACUACAAUACGAAGUUCGAUUAAAGCCUGAAAAAGCAAAUGAGUGGGAGGUUCAUUUCGCUGGGAAGAACAAUCAGUUUAAGGUUCUCACCUUAUAUCCAGGGAGGAAAUACCUUGUCCAGGUUCGCUGCAAGCCAGACCACGGAUUAUGGAGUGAAUGGAGCCCAGAAAGCUCCAUUCUGAUACCUGAUGAUCCCACCAAUGCAGACCCCACCGUGUGGAUCUUUGUGGCUGUGCUUUCUGUUGUCGUCUGUCUGAUUAUAAUCUGGGCAGUGGCUUUGAAGGGCUAUAGCAUGAUGACCUGCGUUUUCCCACCAGUUCCCGGGCCAAAAAUAAAAGGAUUUGAUAUCCAUCUGCUGGAGAGGGGCAAGUCUGAAGAACUGCUGAGUGCCCUGGGGUGCCAGGACUUCCCCUCUGACUGUGAGGACCUGCUGGUGGAGCUGUUAGAGGUUGUUGACAAUGAGAACCAGCAACUGGUGCCGGUCCAUUCAAAAAAACACCUUGAUCAAGGUCUUAAGCCCAAACACCUGGAUCUCGACAGUGACUCUGGCCAGGGCAGCUGUGACAGCCCUUCCCUUUUGUCCAGCCAUCAUGAGGGGCCCCAGGAGAGUCCCUCCACCUUCCACACUCCUGAGGGCGCUGAGAAGCCAGAGAACCCUGGAAAAAGUGGAGCCCACACCUGGGACUCUCAGAGCACCAGCGUGGGGGGCAGAGUCCCCUAUUUCUGUGCUGAUGGACCCAAAUCUUCCACAUGGCCUUCAUCACAGCCCCCCGACCCCAGAUCUUCUUACCACAACAUCGCCGACGUGUGCAAGCUGGCCAUGCCCCCGGCAGGCUCCACUGCCACUGUGCUGGACAAGACAGACACAUGUGCUCCGACGUCUUUGGAAACCACUGAGACUGGAGCAGGGGAGGAGGCGACCGAGCAGAGAGGGGUGGAAAGCUUCCAUUCCCAGACUGACCCAGACACCCCAUGGCUGCUGCCCCAGGAGAACACCUCCGAUGUCUCUGCUAAACCCUUGGAUUACGUGGAGAUUCACAAGAUCAAUAAAGACGGGGCGCUGUCCUUGUACCCCAAACAAGACGAGAAUAGCAACCAGGCAGAGAAGCCCGGGGCUCCCAAGGCCAGCAAGGAGUACGCAAAGGUGGCCGGCGUGAUGGAGAGCAGCAUCCUGGUGCUGGUGCACGAGUCGCCCGCCCCCGACCUGGCUUUGUUUGAAGAACCAGCCGAGGAGGCCCCCCCAUCCUUGCAGCAGAACCAGGAGGAGAAAGACCGGGCCGCCUUCGCCAUGGCACCCAGCACCUGCAAACUGCAGCUGGGGGGGCUGGAUUACCUGGACCCUGCGAAUUUGAAGGACUCCUUCCAGUGACGGCUGACUCAUUGGGAUGGCCGGUUAAAAUGUGAUUUUUCUUCAGGUACUGCUAUCGCGCACAUGGAAUGUACUUUCCUAGAGAACGUUCGAGAAUGGGGUUCAGAUGACACUACUAAAACUCACAGUUCUCUCUUCUUCAUGCUCCAUUUUCAACCAGUGGCCUCUUCCUCCAACAGCUGAUUCCGGAUCGGAUCAUUCUGUUUCCUGUGAUUUGUGGAUCUAGUUUUUGUUUUCAGUUAUAAAACUGCAUGUUCGAUGCAAUAGAAGCACCAUUGCUCAGUGUUCCUGAGGGACUGUGCCAAUAGGGAAAGCCUCCAGAAAAGGCGCCCGUGGUUGGGCAUGGGACAGGAGGAUAUGAAGGAGUUAGAGUAGCUUGGCGCAGGAAGAUGAUCGAUGUGAGAAGGAUGCCAUGUAAGCUGCUUUUGAAAACCAGUUGCUUAUCCUUUGCACCCCUCUCCCAUUUUAUUAGGAUUAACCAAAUACAGCUCCGUGCCAGAAAGGAUGCAUUCUGGGACCUGACACACCAUUUACACCAUUUCCUGUUACCUUAGUGACACGUUGCUGGGAUGCACCUAACAAUCUUGCCUCCAUCUCUUUUUCUUAAAACAGUUGGAAUCUGGUGAGCAAGGAUGCUCCUCUCCCACAUCAUGUUUCAUCCUAAAGUCUCUAAGAAUAUAGUUUUGGAGAGUGAGGUUUCCUUACAUGGGAGGCAAAUGAGUUUGACGUGGUGAAUCCUCCUAAAACGGUUUCCUGCUUCAUUUCAAUACGACAGAUAAUUUAUUAUACACCCUAGUCUUCUCCUAGUGGGAAAAAAACAAAACAAAUCCCCAAGGAUUAACUUUAAUUUCAAAACUAACCACAGCAAGAUGGUCAUGGAGAUACUGCCUUACUGUACAUACAGAUUCUACUUUAAUACCAGACCCGUAUGUUUAACAAUGUAUUUUUGAAGACUAUUUUUCUACCACUCGGCGAAGUAAAAGAGUAUUUUCUAUCUUCCCAGUACAGCUGUUUACGUAGUCAGAGGGCACCGUCUUUUCUGCCGAGGCUGCAGGGAGCAUGGGCAGUCCACGACAGUAUCCGCAGUCCCCAUUUGGGGAGCAAAUGUCAUAUCAACAGGAAUGUGAAGUGGGUGACAAUACUCAAUUUCCAAUACAGCAUAGUUUAGUUUAUCUCGUUCUUUUAUCUCCAGAUACAUUAAAUGUCAACCACCAAUAGCGUGUUAGGACUCUCCACACACAGAAUUAUUUCUCCUGUAAUUUAGAGCUAAUCUGGGGCUCCUGGGUGAACAUUCUAGAAGCUAUCAGGAAAAAGGAGGGUGGUGACAUCCAGCAUACUGUUUUAAAGAGAGGGUUUUGUUUUGCUUUGUUUUUCUGAGCAAUCUUGGACAGCAAAGAUAUUUUCAGCGAAGCCAUGAGUUAGUUAUCUCUCUGGAGUAGAUCCAUUUGCAAAAUCUUGGCAGAAGCAGAGAAAAUACUCACGUCAGAAGUUUCCAAAUAAAUGUUUUAAGAAACAGCAUCUGUGGAGUGGUGGGCACAGCAACAAAGACCAGGGUCUGGUAGUAAGGAUCUCUGAGUUAGUGCUAGGAGCUGGCUCCCCAGGAGGGAUCAGAAGCCUGGAUCUCCAUCUUACAGAGAGCGUCCAUAACUCAUGAGCUGCCUCCCUCUCUUGUUUAUUUCACCUGAUGCCAAAUACUUUCCCUGUGUCCACUCACCAGCUGGACUUAGAGAAUUUGAGCUCACCUCUGUGAGUUAAGUAUUUCAUCCAACAAGCCCAUGUUGACAGAAACUGGACACAGAGGUGACCUGAUGUUGGAAAGUGAACACACUGUCCUGGCGUCCGGAUUGCAGAAAUAACAGACCUGAGGCUCUGUUCUCCCAAUACAUAAACAUCGUAAGAGUAAGAGGAACAUUUGGAAAAGUUGUCCCCAAGUUCAUCCUGUCUCCUAGAUCCUUGCUACUCAAAGUCUGGUCUGAGGACCAGUUGUGUCAUCAUCACCUGGGCGCUGCAUGGAAAUGCAGAUUCGGCCUCCCUGGCCCAGAAUGACAGAGUCAUUACCUGCAUUUGACUAAGUUCCCCAGGUGACCCCUGUGGGUAAUGAAGUUUGAGGAGUACUGCCUUACAUGAUUACUUCCACGAAAAGCUUAUUUUAGCAACUGGACACACCUCUCUUGGAAAGUACAAGUCAAGUCUGUUUGACUUACCCCAGACAAUGCUGUAUGGAAGGAGAAGGCAUGGGUUUUAAAAAUCUAUUUGAGCUUUAAGAUUCACAGGAUGGUACAGAAUGACCUGCGGAAGGACACACAACUUCUAAUAGGGCCAAGGGAUGUAGUCCACCUUGAGUAGCAUUGACCAAGACUCUACCCUUCAAAGCCAAUGCAGACUAAAAUGUUCCGCAAAUAGUCCAUUGUUCUCCAAGAUGUAUUAGUCUAUCAGUCACUCUGGUAGCUUGCAGAUUAAAAAGUAAUCUGAU